UGAUGGCGUCCUUGGGUCCGGGCAGCACGUUGACCGCUGUGGCAUGGAGAUAGUAAUGGAGAUAGUUACACGUGUUCGGUCGUCACUGGCUCAUACACACAAUCGUGUACAAGUUGGGGGCCCUAUCCCGGUUGCCACAUGUUUGAUCUACCCUCUGGAGCCACAAAUGUCCACGUAGAAAAGAGCAACGUCGACGAAAAUGUCUUAGGCAAGCACCUUGUCGAGAAAAGAGCGCGGCUAGCGAGAUUUCUGCUCUGUUAUUAAUGUUUAAAACGCCUCUGACAUAUUUUUUUUUCUAUUUGGGCAUCGAAAAUACAGGAAUCAAAAACUCCGCUGGUAGCUACCUCAUUAAACUUCCUACUUGGAGUAAGACCGUCCAAUCGGCUGGUACGAAGGUCAUCUACAGACACGAGGAUAACCGGUAUCAAGAUACCAUAGAUCUUCCUGGGCUGACAAACGCUCAACUAGGACUAUUCAUGGUGAGUGUAAGUGGUGAAAGCCAGGUCACGUGGAAAUACCUUAUUGCGGGACAGACGAGUGUCAGUAACAGCGGUGUUCAGUGGAAGACUGGUCCCUGGAGCGCAUGCUCGAAAGCCUGUGGACCAGGCUCCCAAGAGCGUGACGUGGCGUGCGUGCGCAUUGAUGACGGCACAUACGUCAGAGACAGCGUCUGCGCAGGUGCAAAGCCCGUUACAUCGCAAGACUGUGAGACCGCCACUUGUACGCCAGCUGGUACACGACGGAAUGGAGUCCAUGCUCUGCUACCUGUGGUAGAGGUACUCAGUCCCGCUCGGUCAUCUGCCGCCGUGAGACGUUCACCGGGUCCAAGCAGUACAAGACACUUCCGGAUUCGAGCUGUAUCGGAAGUAAACCAACCGUCACCUCGAGCCAGGAGUGUAACAAGGUCAACUGCCCAGCUGAAUGGGUGUCCUCAGCUUGGUCAGCGUGCUCACAGACCUGUGCGGGGGGUCAACAGACAAGGACCGUAUCCUGUAAGCAGAAGGACCUGGACGGUGUUUACCAGUCCCUCGCAGACUUCCAUUGUCAUCACGCCAUCAAGCCCCCGCCUAAACAAGUCUGCAACAGCGACUUAUCGUGUUUCAACUUUCUUGGCUGUUAUCGUGAUGUAAAUCGUCCCCUUGGCACGCUCAUAGCUGAUUUCCGUGCACAGAUUGAUUGUAAUGACAUGAGCAAGACCAUUGCGCAGUGCGAAGCAAAGGUACACUUUAAGGGCGGCUGAAUGGCCCCUUUAAAAACUGGAAGUGUUGGUCCGAUUCAUCCCCGCGCAACGUACGAAUGGCGAACAUAAUGCCAAGAAAAAAAAUAUCCAAUAUGUUCGCUGCUCUUAUUAUUCAAAACCAAAAUGCUCGAAUCCCGCUUAAACUCGGUGUGCUCGCAUGCUCGAAAAUUUAAUUGAAAGUAACCUCUAUAAGGCAUUGUCAGAAGAGAUAGAUUGCUUGUUAGAUUCUCAGGUGGGGUGGGUAAUUGUGGCGAUAAAUGUGAGAAUGCAUCGCUAAGAACUUGGGGAAGGGUUAAAACAAACGACUCAGUAGAUUCCCUUUAGCUAUUGCAGAGCCGUAGCAGGCCACCAAAAAUUAUGUGUGCCACGUCACUAUUUUUAAUUUCCUUAUAAUUUUGGAAAAUAUUGGGGAGUAACCCCACCCUCUGCUACCGCCUUGCAGUGUUGUCAAAUGAUCAAUUUUGACUUUCAAUGACUGGCUACUAUUGAUUUUAUCUUUCAGGUCUUAACCCAAUCUAUGCCACGUGAAGGGGGUAUUCGAUUUCAGAAAAAUCGUGCACAAAAAUAAAUACAUAAACAUGUUAUUCAUUCCAGCAGAUAGAUAUCUUUGAAUAAAUUCAGUGAUAGU